UACGCGCUGCAUAAUAUCUGCAGAGACGGUGAUACAUUAUGUAGUAGAUUGCAGCGCAUACAGUUAUUUUGUAACAACAAAUGUGGCAAAAUUGUAGCAGCAUAGGUUUCACAUUGAUAUCCAAAAGCUCAUAUUCAACACCUUGGUUUUAGACGAUUUGACGAAACAUUUGUCCCACUGUUUUUCCACUGUAAACUCUACAGUCAACAACCUCGCUCUCUUCCUGGUACUGUUCUUUAGAGCUCCYAAAGAGCAUGCGCGACUGGUUAGCUCUGCUGCAGAAUGACGUCAGCAAUUCAAAACACAGGCAAGUCCAGACACACUACCGUCUGAUCGGUCAUACGAUGUACGCUUUAAUUUAUUCUAGCCAACUGACCGAGGAUCUUUCUAUCACGUUACAUGCGAAUGAAGCCUGAAAGAGGAAACYRCAACGACUGMUUUGGCUUAUUUCGAAGGAAUAUAAUUUUGCGCGAGAUGUCCGGAUAUUGACAUUGUGAAGCUACCUGUCAAAGGAAUCUGUGAAGUGCUGGACUGUUAUUGACACGAGCCGAGCGGUGUUAUCUCUGCUCAUGACGAUGCCUCUCGAGGAUGAUCUAGCCUCAGCAGCGGCGACUGGCAACACCGAUCGUGUUAAAAUUCUAUUACAAAGUGGAGUGGACGUCAACGGUGUAAACUGCUUUGGACGGACACCUCUGCAGGUGAUGAUGAUGGGCAGUUCACCAGUGGCGCAGGCGUUACUAAUGAAAGGAGCGGAUCCUAAUAUCGCCGACCGACACACUGGGACAACGCCGUUACACGAUGCCGCCAGGAUGGGCUUUUUGGACACGGUAGAGAUCCUUGUCCAAUUCCUCGCCGAUCCGAAUAGCCGGGACAAUAGGAACUGCCGGCCAAUCGAUUUGGCGAGAGAAAGUGGACAUCAUAAUGUCGUUGCGUUUCUGCAGGCUUUGUGAAAUCAAAGAUACGUUGUAUUUAUUUGUGUGACGAUUUUAUUGUAUAGAAUACUGAUGUAUAUUCUAGACCCAUUCAUUUCUUAAACACUUUUUUUCUCGAUAAAAAAAAUAAGCUUUAUUUAUGCCUCUCAAAGAGUAUUGCACUUAUGCACUUAAUCAACGGUUUGUUAAUUAGGCUUAAGAUUUAUAAGUACAUGUAACAUUUUUGUUUUUAGUGUUAAGUUGUAAUUAGGCUAUUUGGGUUUWYAAAAAUAUUAAAUCAUGUAAUAAUCACAGAUAGACUGCUUUGGCGUUGCUAUAGGAAAAUAUAUACUCUGCCAUAUUGAUAAGGUGAGGGAUUUACUGAACCAAAAAUAAAAGCACACAGGUAUUGAUACCUUCAAUACACCCGUUUGAACUUUUGAUUGGAGAAAUMAUUGUUUUUCUCAAAUUGCAUUAGGCCUAUAUGAUGAGUUUGUAUCUUAUUUUAGACUUGAACUCUUCUAAAAUAACGAAUUAUUAGAAAUCCAAAAGUAAAAAUGUAUGUGGGGUAUGGAUUUGUGUAUUUUGAUAAUAAUCKAUAYUUGUUUAUAUUAAGACAAGUGUUAUUGGACAUUUGGAAAUGGGUCUGGACUUCCUGUAUAUAAAGCUGAUGAUGUUUC